GCCAUCUCCUGCACACCUAUUUGUUUCCCUCCUGACACAACUCCUGUCCAGAGGGGUCACAGCCGGGUGAUCACUCCCAUGAUAUUUCCCAUCAUUUCAGACUCAGCCCGUCUAUGGACGAGCACUCAGAGGAUCCCAAGGCUGAACCCUUUGCACCCGCCGCUGGUUCCUAAACGCACCGUCAGCUUGGAGACACCAGCUGUUCACCACCACAACCACCAGAGGACACUGAUCAUGCAGAGAAGAGAGCAUUUCAGGUCUCAUCAGGUGUGGAGAAAACCCUUUUAUGGAACCACGAGUGAGAGGGAGGAGUACAGGAAGGAGUUGCGAGAGCAGCUGAAAAGGCAGAUGGAGGAGAAGUGUGUGGCACUGGAACUGCAGACAGCUGGUAAGGUGAAAGAAGCCGAGGACCUGAGAGAAGUGGAUCGCCACGCCCUGUCCAGUGAAAGAGAGCAGAGGAUCCAGCACAGCAAAGCCAUGUCGGCCUACAGAGAUGAGAACAAGAGGUUAAUGGAGCAGAACUGGAAAGACAGAGCACUAACACGUUCCCUGGAGGCCAUGAAGGAGAGAGAGUUGCUCCGCUUCAACCCCAUCAACUGGAGUGGAACUCUGAAAUAG